AUGGUUAGAAAUGUAAGUAAGGAAGAAAAAGUUGAAGAUUUAAGAAAGAAGUUAAUAAGGAAAGUUAGAGAGGAGGAAAAGAAGAGAGCUAUGGACUUACAAAAUUUAACUGAAAAAGUAAUUACUACGGUCAAAGAAGCAAUGAUGAAUCAUAAAAGAGAGGGUGGUGUUUCUAUAAGGAGAUGUUUUUACUGCGACAGAUCUGGACACGUGGCCAGGAGUUGCUAUUGGAGGAAGGCUAAGGAAGGAUAUAAUAUUAACAAAAGUGAUUCUAAGUAUUUUAUUUAUGACGGCGAAGCCGAAGGUGAUUCUGAAAUUAUAAAUGAAAGGGGCUAUAAAAAGACCGAAAAGGGUAGAAUCAAAAUAAGUAAGCCAGUAAUCAUUUAUGAGAGUAGAGUAGGAAGCAAAAGGAAGAAGCUCAAUUUAGAGGAUUAUACAGAAGAAUUUAGAGAAGUUUUGGUUGAAGAUGAUAGUAAGAUAAGCUGUUGUAAACUAGAAAAAUGUAAAAUUAUAACUGAGGAAGGAAAGAAGGUUUUUAAGAAGUAA